AUGGCAGGGAAAAAACGUAAGCCUGCUACAGAAACGCCAGUUAAAUCUAAGCGGAGGAAGUCUGGGUCAAGUAAAUCCAAGAAGUGUGUAGAAGACAAUUCCCCUUCUGCUGAUUCUGUGAAUGUAGUGGCAGAGCAUCCUUCUUCGAGGUCCAACAGUGAUACAUCAUCCGUUCCGAAAAACGAUAAGCUCCAGGCUGACCUUGAGUUUAUCCCAUUACCUUGGUUCUUGGACACAGUAACCUCAAUUGACCUGUGCAUUGAGAGAAGUGAGAUACCACUUGUUUGUGGUCCUGUCGGCUGCGGUAAAACGGCAACCAUCGACUAUCUGGCGAAGAGGCGGUCAGCUAAGCCAUUUCGCGUCCAGAUUAGUGAACAGACAGACACGAAAGCUCUUCUUGGUGCGUAUUGCUGUUCAAACACGCCCGGUGUGUUCGUCUGGCGACCUGGUCCGCUAACACACUGCAUGACCUCUGGCAAAUGGCUUAUUUUGGAAGACGUGGACAAAGGGUCUGCGGAUUUGUCUAUUCUUCUAAGCCCUGUCCUUCGUCAGAUGAAAGAUAGUGCCUCGCAAGUGCUUCACCCAAUAAGUGGUGAACCUAUUUAUCGUCACCCUGACUUUCGAUUGCUCCUCACUCGCCGUACAUUGCCGUCGGGUCUCGGAUUUGUGGAUCAGGGAGCUGAAUGUGAAGUUUAUUCCACUAAUUGCUCCGUUAUUUACAUGAACGGAAUGCCAACAGAAAUAAUUAAAAAGAUCGUUCAAAGACGUUUCCUGCCUUUGCUGCCGCUAGCAAAACGUCUGUUGUUGGAGUUUUCUUUACUAAAACGUAUUGCCUCGCCCAGCGUGCACGAUCAGCGUCCGGUGUGUUCACGGGACUUUUUCAAGUUUUGUUCUCGCGCUGUUGGCUACUUGGACAAAGCAGAUUCAGCCAGACACCUUUACUUGGAUGCACUCGACUGCUUUGUCUGUUCUCAACGCGCCGGCGCUGCCAGAGAUGACCUGGUUGUCCAGCUUGGUGGAAUUUUCAAUUUUACAAAAGAACAGGCUCUUGAAAUUUGGCGUGAUCGGCGACCCGAGUUACAACUCAGCAGGCACUUGAAUCAAGUUGAAGCCGGGCGGGCAACUCUACCAAUCACCAAGUCGGUUCACUGGGAGCUCCAAUUAUCCAAUUUGACAAACGGCGGUCAGACAUUCGCAAACACCAGAUUGGCUUGCAGUCUUGUCGAGCGUUUGGCCGUCGCAGUGACGAACCAAGAGCCAGUUCUACUGGUUGGCGAGACGGGAACAGGCAAGACCUCGUCGAUUCAGCGCCUCGCAGCGAUGGCAGGCCGGCGGCUUCGUGUGCUGAACCUGAAUCAGCAGUCCGAUAGCGUUGACCUACUUGGAGGCUUCAAACCAGUCGAUUCGCGCGCUCUGAUUAACCCCGUCAAGGAGAAAUUUGAGGGCCUCUUCUCGCGAACCUUCCGACUGGAGUCCAAUCGACAGUUUCUUGGACAUAUUCAGACCUGUGCUGUUAAUGGUAGUUGGCGUGAUCUCCUAACCCUGAUGAAGCACCCAGCCACUGCGGCUAUCAGAAAACUCUCCACCAACCCCACCGACUCCAGCCAAUCACACGACGGCGUCCAAAAACCCUCGCUCAGCGAGUGGCAGGCCAUGCUUAGGGAGUUGGAAAUGCUGGAAAAGAGAGUAGCGGCGUCGACGCAUUCCGCAUCGUCUCUGUCCUUCGCCUUCAUUGAAGGCGCCCUUGUCCGUGCCGUGGAGGAAGGUGAUUGGGUACUGCUUGAUGAGAUCAAUCUUGCUCCCGCCGAGCUCUUGGAUUGCCUCGCGGGUCUCCUCGACUCUGCACACGGCAGUCUUACUCUCGUUGAUAGGGGUGAUCUCGAGCCAGUGAAGCGUCAUCCGAGGUUCCACCUUUUCGCGGCAAUGAACCCGUCAACAGACGUGGGCAAACGUGAUCUUCCGAUGGGUCUGCGUGACCGUUUCACAGAAAUCCACGUAGAGGAACUCGAUCCAGCCACCUCGUCUGCUGAUCGUGAAGACCUGGGUCUUCUGGUACGCACCUACCUCGUAGCACUGUCUCCGACGGCCGCCCAAGUCUCUGCCGUCGUCCAGCUGUACUCUGCCAUCAAGAGAUCCGCUGCUGACGGUCUUCUAGAUGGCGUGGGUCAGCGUCCACACUUCAGUCUGCGAACGUUGUGUCGUGCCCUCACCGAGGCAUCCAGAGGUUACCACGGCAGCCUUCUGCGAUCGUUGUAUGAGGUAAGCAGUCUGAAGACGGCGUCGAAGUCCACACAAGCAGCCUCCGGCUUCCUGUUCAGUUUCGGCUCGCAGGUUGGUCGUGGCAGCAGACCAGUUCUCGAUCGGAUUCUGCAGUCACAUCUAGUCGCGACCGUGCCUAGCCACUCCACAGAACCCAGGCAAAAGGAGGUGCUGUGCCGACAGCUGUUUUCCAAGCCGCUUCCUUCACCCACGUCGAAGGUGGAUCGGUAUGUGUGCGUGGAGGGUUACUGGGUGCCGCAGGGUCCGUUGGACACACGUGAGGUGAACGAUCGCUCUCUCACCGACGCCAACUACGUCCUCACCGAAUCGGUCCGCGCUAACCUUAAGGACCUGGCGCGCGUCGUUUCUGCAGCCGGUAGCCUGCCGGUUCUGCUGCAAGGCGAGACGUCUGUCGGGAAGACAUCGUUGAUCACCUACCUGGCGGGUCGUGUUGGUCAGGUGUGUUACCGCAUCAACAACCACGAACACACCGACCUGCAGACGUACCUGGGCGCGUACACCGCCGCGUCGGCUUCUCGCACCGCCGCUGAGAACACGACGUCGGCGCCGUCUCUCGUCUUCCAGGAGGGCAUUUUCGUGCAGGCCAUGAAGAAGGGCCACUGGAUCAUCUUGGACGAGUUGAAUCUCGCUCCAACGGAGAUUCUUGAGGCUCUGAACCGGGUUUUGGAUGAAAAUCGUGAGCUCUUUAUCACAGAAACGCAAGAAAUGGUGAAGGCCCAUCCGCACUUCCGAGUGUUUGCUACCCAGAAUCCACCGGGUUUGUACGCCGGCAGAAAGGUGCUUUCACGUGCCCUGCGCAACAGGUUCGUCGAGCUCCACUUUGAUCCCCUUCCUCGCGAUGAGCUGGAGGUCAUCCUUGAGCAUCGUUCAGCCUUGCCGAAGAGUCGCGCGAAGAAGCUCGUGGAGGUUAUGCACCAGCUCCAGCUUCUUCGGCGUUCCUCUGACAUCUUCCAAGGCAAGGAUGGAUUUAUUACCUUGCGAGAUCUGUUCCGUUGGGGUGAGCGGUAUCGUCUUGCCACUUGCAACCAGACGGAGAAUCAGCUGUUCGACUGGGACACCUACUUGGCAGAACAGGGGUAUCUUCUACUGGCGGGACGUGCAAGGCAUCCUGAUGAAGCCAAAGCCGUGGCACAAGUCAUCGAAAACGUCUUUAAAAGGAAGGUGUCUGAGCAAACUCUCUUCGACCUUCAUGGAGAGACAUCGCUCGCUUCAGCGGAAUUCCUCUCACUUGUCGACGCUCCAUCACCGCAGGGUUUCGGUCACGUUGUGUGGACCCGCGAUAUGCGACGCCUCCUUGUUCUUGUCGGCAACGCGCUGAAGUACAACGAACCCAUUCUCCUUGUUGGUGAAACCGGAUGCGGGAAGACGACCGUAUGCCAGAUAUUCGCUGCUUCGCGCCGCCAGAAGUUGCAUUGCGUGAACUGUCACCAGUACACCGAAGCGUCGGACUUCCUCGGCGGCCUCAGACCAGUUCGACUUCCAGAAGGCACGUCCGACGCCCUGCCCGAUCGUCUUUUCGAAUGGGUCGACGGUCCGUUGGUGUGCGCGAUGUUGAACGGCGAUUGUUUCCUGCUGGACGAGGUCUCCCUCGCAGACGACGCUGUCCUAGAGCGUCUGAAUAGCAUUCUUGAACCGGAGCAACGUCUGUGUCUUGCGGAGCGAUGCGGUGAUGACGCCGUCCUUGGCGACCCCUCAGAUGCCACCAUCACCGCGGUGCCUGAUUUCCGUCUCCUGGCAACCAUGAAUCCUGGCGGCGACUACGCCAAAAAGGAGCUCUCUCCAGCCCUGAGAAAUCGAUUCACGGAGAUCUGGUGUCCCUCGCCGUUGUUCCGUGAUGCCAACGAGCUGGACGACUGGCGGGCGAUUGUCUUGCACAACCUACAGCUAACCGGCGACUUCACGGAACCGCAUCUGCUGAAGCCGCUGUCUGCCGCCAUGGUUGAUUUCUGUUGGUGGUUCGCCCGCGGACGAAAUGAGGCGAUUGGUGGAAGGUGCGCUUGUAGAAGACCGAUGCCGACGAUACGCGACCUGCUAGCCUGGGUAGAGUUCAUCCACAACCUCCUCUCGCGGCAUGGAGUCAACCUCAUCAACGUCUUCACAGCCUGCCUCCACGGUGCUGCCUUCAUCUUCUUGGACUCCCUGGAAACUACCGACGGGAUCCAAUGCAGUGAGCUUCUGUUCAGUCGUGACGAUGUCAUCCAACACGUGAAUGACAGUGACUUGUUCAAAUUCAGCCCAAUUGGUGGCAUCAACUACCUGCUGAGCAGUCUGCUGGUACACUUCCACGACGAGGCCUCGGCUUUCACGGAUUCGCGUCUUCUAGCGGAUCUUUCGCAAGCGGCGUGCGAGUACACCUCCAGCCUCAACCUCCAACCCGGUCGCUUUGAGCCGGUCCUAAAGGACUCCAAUCGACUCUAUGGUUGCCAUCCAUUUUUCAUCGAAACGGGUCCGUUGGUGUCGCCGGAUCACCUGGACACCACGGAGGCGCCGUUGCCUUUCAGCUUGAGAGCUCCAACUCCCGCCUCCAACCUCUGCCGUCUCCUUCGCGCCCUGCAACUGCCGAAACGGGCGAUUCUCCUUGAGGGUAGUCCAGGUGUUGGCAAGACCAGCCUCGUGAUGGCGCUAGCGCGUGCCUCCGGCCACAGUGUUGUGCGGAUCAACCUAUCCGAGUCCACUGAAGCAUGCGAUCUUCUGGGCUGUGAUCUGCCAGUUGAAGGAGCUGGUUGUGGCAACUUUGCCUGGCGCGAUGGCCCCCUGCUGCAAGCUCUGCGACAGGGACACUGGAUCCUUCUAGAUGAAAUGAAUCUGGCCUCCCAGUCUGUGCUGGAGUGCCUGAAUGCGUGUCUAGAUCAUCGUGGCGCUAUCUACAUACCCGAACUCGGCAAGACCUUCCACGUGAAGCCUCGUGCGACUCGUCUCUUCGCCUGCCAGAACCCUGUCGACGAGGGAGGCGGUCGCAAGGCCCUGCCCAAGUCCUUUCUCAAUCGAUUCACUCAGGUGUACCUCAAGCCCCUGACAGCUGCAGACCAAGUCGCAGUCCUCCGUAGCAUCUUCACGUCUCUUCCCGCCGCUCACGUCGAAGCCAUGGUCAAGUUUAACUCCGCCCUGGAAGCCUCCCUGAGGAAUGAUCGCUCCUUUGCUGCCGCAGGCUGUCCUUGGGAGUUCAAUCUGCGAGACCUUUGUCGUUGGGGUGAUCUCAUUCUUCAGGGUCAACACGCCUUCGGCGCUAACCCCGGCCUCUACGUUUACCUGCUUUACGCGGCUCGAAUGCGAUCUGUUGAAGACAGGACUAGAGUGGUCGAGUUGUGGAACCAGGUGGCAGCAGACCAUGUCGACGACGCCGACCUCUGUCGAUGCUACGUGCCACAGGGCCAGACCUUCCCGGUGGAAGGCAACAAACUCCAGAUUGGUCUUUCCACUUGGAGGGUUGACGGCGACCUCGUCUGCGGUGACCCCUCCCUCCUUGUCCUGAACCAACACCGACCCUACCUUGAAAUGCUCCUGAAGAUACUUCAACUUGGAUGGAUGUCAAUUGUGGUUGGACCUCGUGGAGCAGGCAAGCGCUCUCUGGUCCACUUGGCUGCCUUUCUGACGCGUCGCAAGAUAGCCACCUUCUCGCUCUCACCGUCUGCCGAUACAGUGGAAUUGCUUGGCGCCUUUGAGCAACGCGAAUCUGGCGGUAUUUUCGCCUGGAUCGAUAGCCCCCUGGUAAACGGGAUCAGAGAGGGUCACUGGGUGCUACUGGAAAACGCCCAGCUUUGCAGUCCAUCGGCUCUGGAUCGACUGAACAGCCUACUGGAACAUGGUGGCGAUCUCUUAAUCAACGAACGCGGUCUUGACGCCUCGGGAAAUCUGGUGCGCCUGAAGCCCCAUCCCGACUUCCGUCUCAUUUUGACUGUGGACGAGAACGUCGACGGUGGCCUGUCGGUCUGCGGUUCCAACAAUAUCUCCCGGGCCAUGCGCAAUCGUGGAGUUGAGUUGGUUCUCACACAGGAUUUGACCAUACCGAAAGAGGAUCUGGAACGCCUACUGCUGAACACUGGACUCGCGUCCAACGCUGUGCUAGCCCUCCUCGCCUUCGAGUCGACGGCUCUGGACCGCGUGACGAAACGUCUUUCGGCCGCGAACUGGGAUACCACGACUUUCCUCUCCAUACGCAAGCCACCGGUCGGUGCCUUGUUGUCGGCAGGCCGCAUCAUCCAACAACUUCUCGCCCAAUCGUCCAGGUCCUUGUUUCCGGAGGGAACGGAGUGGCAGUCCGCUAGUGACGCCGAGGCCUGUCAGGCAGAGGGUGUGGUCUGGAUUAAUCGCUGGAACGACAACCCCUACCAGCGCGCUUUCGCCAAGGCGCUUCUUGACAUCUACGUCAAGCGACAGGCGGACUGGAAGGUCGCAGAGGCUUUCAACGCGGCGAUAACCGCUUUUGUGGAAGACGAGCUACUUGCCAUCAUCAAUGCUCCGCCAACGUCACUUGCUCCUCAGCUGAACCGUGCCCUCGAACUGUUAACCUCGAAGUCCUACCUCGUUGAUGAAUGGCGGUACGUUCUUCGCCGUGUCUCCAACAAUGGUCACUACCUUCAGAGCAUGUUCCGACGGCUUUCGACUGAACGCGGAUUCACUGUUAGUCCUGAACGCCACGGACAAAUUCAGAGUUUCAUUGACGGAAUCACAGAAGGAAGUUGUAUGGACAAGCGUUGGAUCCCAGGGUGGCGUUGUGUGGUGAAUUCUAGCUUGAAGGCUCGUAUUCCUUCUUGGGAUGGUCGAAUUACGGGCGCCUUUAUCGAGGAGUUCGAUGCGUUACUUCGAGAGGCAACCUCUGGCCAGGCAAAUCAACCUGGCGCCUUCACUCACACGACGUGCGUUCUCUUCGCCGUCGAUCAAUUCUCCAAGGGCAAUGUCCCACCUGACUUCUCCGAGUCCUAUUCGGGUCUAGAUGGCGUCGCAUCUGAGCUAUCCGCCGGCUAUCAGGCUUUCAGGCAAACCUGCGAAUCUGACGUGGAUUUCUACCGGUUCCUCUCAAGUUUGGCAAGAUUCUACGCUUGGCUGCGCCAUUUUGGCUCCCAACCAAUCGGCCGGUCCUCUGAUUGGUCCGAAAGGCGCGAGUUUUUCCGGCGGUUUUGUCGUUCCCAGGCAACGUCUACCCGCCUGAUGGAGCUCAUUCAGCGCUACCAUGUAACGCCAUCACCUCGGCAACCGCCUGUUUGCGAAACGCUCGAUCUCUGUCACAUUCCAUGGUCCCAGGUGGCCCUCGAAGCACAAGAUCAAAUCUCCAACUUCCUCUACCAACAUGACGGUGACGAGGAGAAGGACGAUGCGACGACACCGCAUGGUAGCUCCUCUUUGUACUUGCGCUUGUGGCCUGUGCUUACCGCGGGGAUGGUGUUUGCCCUGGCUGGCAAAGCUGAAGCCCUCACCACCGCCGCACCAAACCGCUGGUCUCCACAGACCUCCAACCGUCUGCGCGUCGAGUUGGGUCUGGGUCUUGGCGCUCUUGCGCGACCCAGACUCCUUGACAUGCUCGCCUCCGCCUCCGAAAAAGCAGCUGAAAGCGACGAUGGUGAUGUGAGCAAGAAAGUGGCUCUUUGUCGUCGUUUCUACUCACCCUUGGAACUUGCCAACCCCGCGGGUCUAGUAAAGCCCGACCUCACUCAAGAAUGGCGCACCCUAUCACAGGCCGUGUUUACUCUGAGUCGUAGCGACCACGUCUCCACUGCCCGGGGUGAUGUUGAGUGCUCUUUCGCCAACUGGACGUCAUAUCAGCAAAUUUCGUCAGAUCUAUUCCACCUACUGCAGCGCCUAGCCCCACUGUGCUCCUCCAAUGCGCGGAUAUUGCACCAACCUACUGAGGAACUUCCGCAGCUGUUGGACUCGUCAAAGUCCCUUUUCUGUACAAUUUUGACUGCCUUGCACAAAUACCACCGUGGGCAAAUGAGUUCCAGUUCACAGAAAGCUACGAGUCUCCAAGACCUCGUCUCACCCCUUCUCGACUGCACCGACAUGUCUUCCUUCGUCGAAGUACUCGGCACCUCGGUUGUGAACCUGAUUCCCGAAAACCUCGUCUCGUCUUCGUUCUAUCGCCUCCUUCGGGCGUUCUACGUCGCUCUAAAGAACACUUCAUCGUCGGAAUCAGUUGCCCGCGCAUGGAUCAUUUGGGGAGCCUUACAAAUGAUGUGCUCGUACCCUGCUUCACCCCUCGACCCGAACAUCGUCAAUGCCUACAAGGUGGCAAUCACCACCUCUGAGCUGGACUCCCUUAACGCUGAUAUCAGCGUGCGAGGAACCAUCCGCAGGAUCCAGUUUGGUUCUUGUGGUCUUCCCUGCGUUGCGUCCGACCACACCGGUUGCCAAGACAGCGCCACCGUGCAGUCGAAUGUUGAGGCGGGUCUUGAACACCCGCUGGUAGGCGCGAUUGUCAGGCGACGCGACAAGGUCGCUGCGAAACUGGAACGCCUUCAGGCUAGACAGGUCGUCGAGUUGGAGAACGAGGCAGCCCGACAGCGUGCAGCUGCGUCCAACUCACAGUACGCCGAACUUCGACGCCGUUUGGCAGCCUUCAACCAGAACUUCACCGGUGACUUUCUGUUGAACCUGCUGAGCCAACCGUGUGGCGCCACUUCGUCACACUCCUUCCACCAGUGGAUUGAGGCGGCAGCCGAUCUGGCCGACUGGUUUCUUCAGCCCGAUCACCUCCAUCAGUACGCCGACGUCGUGGAACCCUAUUUGCUUGGAGUCGCCAAGGUGGUUCACGGCCUUCGAACUCUCGUUAACCUGGAAGUCGCCAAGAACGACGAUGUCGCUUCAUUCACCAACCUCGUGGAGGCCCUGUCAUCGGGAUUGUUCCCCUUCCUUGCUACCCGCCAGCCUCCGUCGCGUCCCGCUCUGUCCCCCUGUCUACAGCUGGUUCGUCAGUUGGUUUCGCCGAAAGUCCGCGCUGCUCUGCGCUCCGCGUGGAGUGGAAGUGCCGCCUCGACCAAGCCAUCAGCGACCCCCCAAUCGAUAUUCACCGAUUCGCGCGACGUCGACGCUCGCCUUCGUCAAAACGCUCUGCUUCAAGUCGAAGCGGAACACCGUUUAAACUCCCACAUUCUCGACCUCCUUCUGCUAGACUGUCUCACAAUGCCGGGCAGCAGCGAGGCUGCACAUCGGAUGGAGUUUAUUUCGCGCAUUCUCAAGGCCAUCACCGGUCAGUUGGCGGUUCGGUGGCGUCGAUCAGAGGCUCAACGCAAACGCGACGCCGAACGACGCGCCGCCCUCUUCAUCGAAGCGGAGAACAAGCGUCGAAGGUGCCUCAACGACCUCCAAACUUCCAGUCGCGUCGCCAAGUCCUCCAAGGCCUCAAGUAAGAUGACGCGCGCCGAGAAACGUCGUCGACGCCAGGAACGUCUGGACACCGAUGAUCUGCCCGAACUUGUCGACGCCGGUCUCAACGAGGAGGUUGAGUGGCGUCUUCGAUUCUCCGAGGCUGGAGCCAUCGACGCUCAGCGAUGUCUGUCAGAUGGAAGCGCCUCUUUCCUCGAAUUGCAUCUCUCACGAGACGAUCAAAUUCGCCAGACCGUGAGGAAGAUUGAACAGGUGAACUCCUGGUACGAACAGGAGUUAGCGACAGUGGAUGAAGCCCAGAUCAGCUACAGUUGGAUGCCACCCAAUUCCGAGGUAGUCUCCUUCGUCGAUCGAUUGGUCUACCUGCUGAAUCUGACGUCCACACGAAAUGAGGAGGUGUUGAAGUGCGUUUCGGUUGAUCAGCACUGGUGGUCGACGUUCAUGCAGGGCUAUCGAUUGGCCGGUCACCUUCUAGCCAACUCCAAGCACCAAUUGCCUGUCGCCUCGGACGGAAUAUGCCUGCCAGCUCACCAGCUGGCUACCGCACGUCUCGCCCUGAACGCCUGCGACCCCUCACAAGCCGGCGAGGGUGAGUGCCUCUUUGCCUUCGAUCCGCUCCUCUCCUCCACCGGUGGAACAUUCGUGCGUCGGAGGCGUUGUCUCAAUGUGUACCGCGAUCGCAUUCCCGUUGCGGAGGCCAGGAAGGCACACCAGAUGAUGAACGCGGUGCGCACGCGUGUUCUGGAGGUGCUCGACGACUGGCCUGAGCAUCCGGCUUUGUUGAAGAUUCUCACCGUGAUCAACCGAAUGGGCGGUUUUGCGAUGAGCGAUUGUCUCAUGAAGUACAUCACCGCGUUUGAAAUGCUCUUGGCCGAGAUGCAGGAAUGGGAGAAAAAUGCAGCCCGACACGUCUCCCUGGUCGAGCCCUUCAAGUCCGUCUGUGCGCUUCUCGUGGAUUGGCGCAAACUGGAGUUGAAGUGUUGGAUGGCCUCGCUCGACGCCGCAACUCAGGCCUCUGCCGACGGAUGCGCUCCUCUGUGGUUCCACCUGUAUGGCGUCUUCCUGCAUCCCACAGCCGAGUUCAGCACCGCCGCCGUCGAAGACCAGUGCCAGGUCCUUCUGGAGUUCAUGGAAAACGGACCGGUUGGCGAGUUCCACGCUCGGUGGCGUCUUCUUGAUGCGCUGCACCGCGCCAUUGGUCUGUGGCCUGGUCUCUCGGAUCAGCAGAGAUCUGCCUCACAGCAGGCCGUGGGCAACGUUGUGUGGUUCUACCGUCAGUUCCUGCCGCACGUAAACAAAUUUUUACUGGACCAACAAAAGCCAAUCAGGAAGGAGAUGCGGGGCUUCAUCUCUGUGGUCAAGUGGGGCGACUACGUGGGCUUCUGGACGAUGAAAGAUAACGUAGAUCGAUGCAAGCGCACCAUCCACAAACACAUCCGCACUUGGGAAGGGAUCUUGCGCCAGUCGGUGAAGCCCUGCUUCGAGGCAGCGAUACAAACGGGCAUUGAGGUGCCCAUCUCCGAUGCAACAUUCACGACCUCCUUGCAAGAUCUCCAGUCAUUGCAGCGUCUCGACUUGGGCAUUUUCGAACUCUCCUCCGACCUGCGCACAUGGCUGUCUAAACGGGCGGAUGAGACCAACCUACCCGUGAAUAUCAGACGACUUCCGGUGCUGAUUUCGCGUUUCAAGAAGCACGUUUCGCAGAUCGCGUCGACAGCGCCGUGUAUCGCGUGGAUCCAUCAACUGCGAGACUGCCUUGAGGGAUGGUGUGGGCGUGUUAAGGAGUUGUCGAGUGCCACACAACAGCUGGAUUCGGAGUCGCCUUCACACUCGGCUCUCGUGGUGUUGCUCAAAGAGAAGGAGGCCGGUUAUGAACCAACCAAACGCAAGGCAACACAGGAAAAAGACGCUGACGAAAUGCGGAAAGCCAAAGACUGGAUUGGUCGGUAUUCGGCCUUGCAGCAGAACAAGAAAUUGGCGCUCAGUGAUUGGUUCCGCUUGGCGUUUGGACGAAGACGAUUGGUUGCCUCGAGCUGUGAUGAUCAACAGCCAACUAGCGCUGGAUCCUUCGAAGACGAAGACAUCGAAGAGUCCCCGGUUUCACAAGAACCCAACACCGAAGACGACGAAGAUGACUUCUGUCUGGGUCUUUCGUAUCGCCGUGGUUUGAGAAAGGGCUUCUUUGACAAGCCUCGUGGCCACUUUCUGUCGUCUCUAGGUUGUGACCUGUGGAGGUGUCCGUCAGUUUCACCCUCAUCACCCCUUGAUCACCUGGAACAGCUCUUAUCGACUGGCACUCUGGAAAACCUUCAGAAGUCGGCGUCUGCAAGCUUUGCGCGACUGGUUUCCCUUCGUUCUGGUCUGCCUAAACACCCCGACAACCCCGAGGUCGUGGACGAUUUGGGCGGUCGUGAGGGUGUGGAACGACUAAUCGGGUCUCUGGACGAUCUUAUGGCUCACUGCGCUGACGCUUUCGCGCCUCUCUCCAACCUCUUCACCACCUUCCAGUCACUGAAGAGGCGUUUCGAAGAGAUGCACGUCUCUUAUGGAGUUGGCCUUCAAGCCGAUGCGAUACUUCCAUGCUCAAGUCAGAUUAUGCUGAAGUUGAAGGCUUCUCGUCAACGCAUAGCCGACCUCGCUUCAGAAUGCGUUCGUCAGUGGACCAGGUUCUCGGAGACAUGUUCUUCCAUCACCGCGCCGCCAUCUGAAGCCCUGAGUCAUCUUCUACUGGCCAAUUCUGGGUCCAUUUCACUCGAGUCACCAGCUUGCGGUCUCUCGAAAGCUCUCGCCGAUUCACGAUCUCAGCUGGAGGACCUGGCUUGUCGCUUGGAUCAACGAAUAUCUCCGGCAUGUAUUGCCAUCACGGGAGACGUUCUUAGUCAACAGAAACUGUUGGAAGCAGUUGCACACGACUUUGUCGAAUGUUGUCAGACGAUAAACUCGCAGACAUGCCCCGAUACAACCCUUCUCUCCAGCUUGCUAGGUGUUGCAAGCUCGAUUUCCGCUGAAGUUGAAGCAUCUGGCGAGUUAAUAGCUUCAGUUAGACAGGAGGCCGCUUCAAAACCGUUUGCAACCAGCCUCAACUCGAUCAUCUCGAAGAUCCUGGUUAGUCUUCAAAACCUCAAACUCAUCGACGAGAAGGUCCACGUCGAGAGAGGCAGCAUUGACCGCAUGACAAGUUGCAUAUCGGCCUUGUCAGUCUCCUGUUUGAACUCGUUAACAGCAGUCGCUUCGCACCUACGCAAACUGACCCCUCAUACUGCCGAGGAAGUCAGCCUUCUUCGACUCCUGACCCCUCUCCUCACUGCCCUGCUUGAGGCUGUGUCGGCGCGACUGCGUCAACUCUGGUGCCUCCUGGCUGUCUGGCUCACUCUCGGUGAAUUUAUGGCUCAGGUGGCUUUCCGUUUGCUCAACGAUGGUUUUUGCAAGCCUUCCGCACUUUCCAAGGCCACGGCAAGCGUGGGAAGUGGAAAGGAGGGCUCGUCGGCCGACGGCAACGCCACGGACUCCAGAGGUGGUGAGGGUGACGACGAUGGUGGGUGUACAAGUCUCACUGCUGAAGGUGUGGACGCUAGUGGAGCCAAGGACGUCUCGAAGGAGCUUCAGUCAGAGGAGCAGAUCGAGGGCACUCUGGACCAACGGAACCAGCAAGCGGGACGCGAUGACAAGGAGCUUCCGAAACCCGAUUCCGCGGAUGGAAUUGAAAUGACUGAGGACUUUGACGGCGCGUUCGAUGAUGGUGGCGGUCGGGAGGAGAAGAAAGAAGACGAUGGUGAUGGGGAGGCGGAUGAAGAUAAUCUCGAUGGCAUUGACGAGCAAAUGGGUGAGGCUGCUGACGAGCCAGAUGAGAUAAACCAGGAGAUGUGGGCCUCUGAAAAUGAGGAGGAGAAGGAUGCAGAGGAGGGUGAGAAGGAGGAACGCAAGAAUGCCGACACGGACGAGCCUGGUGUCGAGGAACGUGGUGGUACCAAGUCGAAACAGUCCAAGUCUACCGCUAAAGGCACCAAGAAUCAGCCUGCCAAGUUCGAUGACGUAGAAAACACAGACGAGACCGGCGAAGUCAACGACGACGACGACGAUGGUGGUGCUGAUGAUGAUGACUCCAAGACGGCUACUACUGUUGCGAAGCAGGACGAACAACCUGCUAGCGGUGGAGGCGAGACCGUCGCUGGAAAUGCCCAUGGCGAGGAGUCGAAGGAGAACGACGCGGACGCCACAGAAGCUUUGAAGCAGGACGAGGCUGCGCUGGCUCAAAAGGAAGCUGAGAUGAUAGAAUCCGAGGAGGGCAUGGAGAAUCCGAACGAAGAGGACGUUGAACACGAAUUCGGUGAGAAUAUGGAUCUCCAACCAAAUCCCGAAGACUUCGAAGACAUGGAUGACACUCAAGUUCCAGAGGGUGAGAUCGAGUUAAACGCUGAGCCGAUGGAAAUUGACGGGGAGGAACAAGGUAACAAUGACGACGGUGACGCUGUCGAAAUUGACGCCAACGAAAGUGCAGAGCUUGCAGGCAAGAAAACUUCGGAUGAAUUAAUUACUGAGCACCAAUCGGCGUUUGGUGACCUCAAUACCGGACACUCGAUUGGGUCGCAGGAUCAGAGAUCAGGUGCCAAUGAGGACGAUGCGGGUUCCGGUGAUGCUGAAGAGGCCCGUACUGGGGGUGUGGACAACCAAGUCGACGCCCAGCCUGGACGCUAUUCCACGGGUCUUCCAUCCGAACGCCGUGACGUUCCACAGUCAGAAACCGCUAGCCGACGACCUCAACGUAGCCGCGGUCCACGACCCACAUCGGAGCGUCGGACGACCAAGGAUGGUAGCAGUGGUGACGACGAUCAAUCGAAACCUCUUCGGCAGACGGAAAUUUUGGACGCCGAAGAGGACGUGAAUCCCGGCGGCGAGGAGUCUGAAACGCCCCUGCCUGACGCAGUUCAACACGUCGAAGGUGAAAGUGACACGAAGCUGACCGUCCUUGAUUCCGCCACAGACGCUCAGAAGGAUCAGCAGCAGCAGCAGAUGGAGCAGAUGGAAUCAACUGAUGCGGACGAAGAGGAUUCGCUGAAACCCGGACUCGAUCCCAACAACCAAAUGCCCGAGCCAAUGCAACAGGAGGAGGCAGUGGUUGAGUCGAAGCCUUUGAUGCCCAAACGCGAUUUGCUUUCCGCAACUGAUGAGUUCCACCCUGACGGAGAGGCUGCCGCUGGUAGCGAGAGUCGAAGUCUGCCCAAGGUCGACAUGGAAAUCAUCGACACCCUCGGAGCUGAACGCGGUCCCGAGUCUAAGUUCUACACCCAGAAGCUGGACGCCGCGGAUGUAGUCGGUGCCAUCGCGCCUCUGAUGCCACAAGGCCGCGUUCCGACGGUCGACCGAGACGCCCUAAUCAACGCCGCAGUAGAUUGGCGGGACUGCGUGUCGAGGUCGUCGAUGAUGUCAGUGCAGCUGUGCGAGGCGUUGCGGCUGGUGCUGGAACCUACUCGGGCCUCGCGCAUGAAGGGUGACUUCCGAACUGGGAAACGGCUCAAUAUGCGCAAGAUAAUUCCGUACCUCGCAAGUCAGUUCCGCAAGGACAAGAUCUGGAUGCGACGCACCCAACCAAGUCAACGCGACUACCGAAUCUUGAUCGCCGUGGACAACUCCUCGUCAAUGGCUGACAACUUGUGCAAACAGAUGACCUUCGAGGCUCUGGCUACCGUAGUCUGCGCCCUGAACCUGCUGGAAGCGGGCAAGAUUGGAGUGUGCAGUUUUGGCGAGUCGGUGGAAGUCGUCCACGGACUUGGCGAGCCCUGGAACAACGAGGUCGGAGCUUCCAUGCUGGCGCACUUCGAUUUCAAGCAAUCACGUACCUCACUCACCGAGGCAAGUCCCUGUUUUGUGUCUCUUUUACUUCUCCAGACAUCGAUCACACUGAUGCGGGCUGCUGGCGAAGGCACAGGCAAGUCACUCGCCAGUCAGCUCCUCCUCAUUCUCUCGGACGGGGUCUUUUCAGAGGAUCCGCAACAUCCAAAGCUGCAGGCGGCCGUCCGCAUGGCUCGCGACCACCACCUCUUCAUCGUCUGCAUCAUCAUCGACGACGUGAGGAAAAAGCACUCCAUCUUCGAUCUGCGGAAAUACGCGGGACCGGGUCGCCUACUGCCCUACAUGGACAUCUUCCCACUUCCUUACUACCUCGUGCUGCGCGAUGUGACAGCACUCCCUCAACUCCUUGCUGACGCCCUUCGUCAGUGGUUCGAGCUGGCUAGCGCCAUGUAG